AUGAAUGAUGCAGAAAUCAACAACGUAACGAAUUCUAUUGAUAAACAGGAUACAGUGAAUGAUUUAAGCAAAUUGACAAGUAGUACUAAUAAUCAAUCGUCACAUACACGACCGCCAUUGCUUCGGCAAAACACAAUUAAUUAUAAACGAACACCGUCUGAUGCUGAUGUAAUAAAAUUACCUGUACCUAGUGGAGAACCACCGAUCAAUGUAGAAGAUGAUGAAACUGUUCUAGGAGUAUCAGCUUAUUCUAUUCUUCGAUACAUGUAUAUGGCAUUAAUUGUCUACUCAUUUCUCAUUGCUUACAUAACACAAUGUUCUUGGUAUACGAUGCUUGUAUUCUAUUUUGUAGAAUAUAUUUUAUUUUACUUAUGGCAUUGGCAAGCUCAUCAUCGAAUUUGGUGGAUACCAUUUAAUGAAGGAUGUUAUAAAAAACAUAAAGAACAUCAUUGGGAAAUUUAUCCACCAAAGAAUUUUUAUGGUAUUCUAAAGCAUCCAACUGAUCAAACUAACAGAAAUACUAAUAGUACUGAUCAAUUACCAAUAUCAACAUGGGAUUAUAUGCGUCAUAAGACAUGGAUUUCUGAUCAUGAAGGUUUACUUAUUCUAUUAACAUUUAUUCAAUUGGUAAGUGCUCGUCUAAUCUUUCAUUGCUCGUAUUCAACGAUUGUAUGUGCUCUUCUUGGCUUUAUGGUAAUGGGAUUUAUUGGAAAUUGGCUUCAUCAUGCCUAUCAUGUUGAAGAUCAUUGGCUUGAACGUUAUAAAUGGUUUCAUGAAUUGCGUGCUCUUCAUUAUAUACAUCAUCUGGGUACAGCUAAACACAAUUAUGGAGUUCUUAAUAUGACCCUUGAUAGAUUUCUUGGAUCAUUCACAUUUACUGGAACGAAAAAUAAUAAAAAACAUUAG